GAGAGCAGCUCAUUUGCUUGCCCUAUUAAUAACCCCCCUCUUCCUUCUCCGUUUCAAUACCCCUGCUCUCACCUCUGUUCAUGUGGAUAUCCAUGGUGAUGAUGGAUGCGGACCAAGUAACGAGUAUUAAGCUGUUCGGAGCAGUGAUCUUGAAGCAACCCAACGAGGAGAAAGAGGAGGAGGCAGCGGCGCCGCCGCCCAGGGAUGUGCAGGACGAAAUGGCGGCGGCAAGGGAGGCCGCGGCGGCCGUGGCUCUUCCCUGCCCGCGGUGCAAGAGCAAGGAGACCAAGUUCUGCUACUUCAACAACUAUAACGUCAACCAGCCGCGGCACUUUUGCAAGGCGUGCCACCGCUACUGGACCGCCGGCGGCACGCUGCGCAACGUGCCUGUCGGCGCCGGCCGCCGGAGGGGGAGGCGCGCGCCGGACCACCCCGCCUCCUCGGCGUGCGUAUUGCAGUACCCGGCACCGCCGUACGUGGUGUCGAGGUGGCUGCUGCGGCCGGAGUCGCCGGCGAGGGAGGGGUGCGGCGGACCUUUCAACGGUGGUGCCCUUAGUUGACUCACGUGCGUACGGUGGCGGCAGGCUUGCUGUGUUUAUCAAUUAGAUGCCGCUUUUAAUAUAUAUAUAUAUCUAUAUAUAUAUAUUUUUCCUUUUGUAAUUUUUGGUAAUUUUACGGUGGGGUUCAGAUUUCAGUGAUAUAAACCGUGGUUGGUUGCUUUUUUUUAUUUCAAAAACAAAU